CCCUUCUCCCGCUCCCCACACCUGCCACCACCGCUUUUUCCCCGAAAAAAUACCGCCACGAAAAGCACCGCGAUGGGCGCCCUUGGCCGACCGCCAUGCGGACGCACGACGCGAAGAACGGCGUGGCGGCCACGACUCUCGCGGUGGAGUCGAAGGAGUCAAAGGAGUCGAAGCGCCGCGAGGGGAAGCGGAAGCGGAAGCGCUCUUCCUCGAGCUCACAACAGCGGGUGGUGGUGGCGGAAGAGUCGCAACUGGUGAGGGAGAAGGUGGAUGGCUAUGUGCGCGGCAUGGAGGAUCCUGAACAGGGUGACCAUUCGGUCUCCAAGACUGCCACCUUCGUCCGCACCGGUGCUCCCAUUCAGUCCGACCGGCGGAUGAACUUCGUGUGGGUGGUGAAAGCGGGGGCCGAGAAAGGGAAAUCGAAGUAUACCUUCGAUCCAGAUUCGGCCUACAUCGAUCCCCGCGACAAAGAGCGGGUGAGCCGCGACAAGCUGCGCUGCGACGUGUGCGGCAACUUGCUGCGGCGGCCCUACCGCGUGCGCUGCUACGCGCGGCGGAGCCCAAAGGAUCCACCCGAGCAGAAGGUCGAAAGAACCAUGCAGGCGGAGAUCUAUUUGGUGGGACAUCGCUGCAUGAAGGGAUUACUGGGUGUGCCAGGGCAGCGAUGCCUUCCUCGCAGCAAGCUGCGGCUUGAUAUUCGCAAGUCCUUGCUGAAUGGCACCAUCUUCCAGAUGGACGAGAUACCGACGGCAGAUGCAAAUGGAGAAGUCAAGGAGUACAAACAGACGGAGGUUAUUGAAGCACUGCAAGCUGAGUUGAACAAGCUCAUCUCGGAAUGCGCCGGCCCAGAUGCUGCCUGGCGCCAGAUUUCUUCGACCCCACGAGAGGUCGGGGUUCGCUCCGGCGCCAACUGCCGAGCCUUUGAGCAGAGGCCUUACAACGAGGAGGAGGCGCAGACCGAAGAUGAAGGCGCCACCGUGAAACCGCCGACGAGGCGAAAGCGGAAGCCCAAGGAGGUGAAGGAGAAGGAAUCGAAGGAGAAACCCGAGAACGACAAACAAGCUGAACCAGAGGAAGAGGUCGAGGAGCGGAUCCUUCCGGAGCCUCCAAAGCCCGGGCGGUUCUCGAAAAAGUAUCGGACCAUGCUGCCCAAGGUGGCGGAGACCAUCAACGAGCUGGAUGCCCCACACAAGAUCUAUGCCAAGUGUCUGCCGGGCUUCACACGGCCGCCCUACGUGGUGGUGAUCCCAACCUAUGGCCGUCCAGACCGGCUGGUGAACGAGACACUGGCCUUCCUUCGACGACAGAAGAUUCCUCAGAACCUCAUUGAGAUCUGGCUUGCGCCGGGCUGCGCGCCGGGGCAGACCCUAUCCGAGAGGGAGAGAUACGAAAAGGUGCUGAAGGAGGACUGGAAGGACGUGCACAUCAAGAUCGGGGUGAAAGGGGUGAUGGAGCAGCGAUGGCGCAUUGGUUUGUCCCAUCCGGAAGGGACACACAUCGUGUCCUUUGACGAUGACAUCCCUGAGGUCUUCGAAAAAGUCCGGCCAGGAACGUCCUCCGACACGAUGCAGCCCUUGCCCAACGGGAGCUUGGAAGCCAUCAUCCACCACGCGAGGGACCUGAUGCAUCAGGAAGGCUGUUACAUCUGGGGCUUAGCCCCUUCGGCCAAUCCCAUGAACUUGGUGGUGAAUCGCAUUUCCCGGCGGAAUGGCAUGGUGAAUGGCUUUGCCUAUGGCUACCUGAAUCGCCAUGACGAGCGCUUCAUGAGUAUCUAUUGUUCGCCCACCGAGGACGUGGAACGCAGUUGUCGCUUCUAUGAGAGUGACACAGUGCUUCUGCGCUACUUGAUGUACGCGGCCCGCACGAAGUUCAAAGCACCGGACGGGAUUAGCUUGCUCUACAACAGUCCUACGGAGCGAAAGAACGAUGAAGAGGCCGCCAUUGUGAAGAUCAGCGGAGAGUUCCCGCAUCUCCUCUCCGUGCGCACGGGGGAGCGGAAACGUCGCACUGAGCAAGCCAUGAACUUCACCUUCGUCUCCAUUGGUCAAGGCCCCUUGCUGCCGAACGGUGUGGCCACCCGAGCGAAGAAGGAGGAUGGCGCGACGGAGGCGCCCAAGCCAGAGAAGCAGAAAGAGGAGCCAAAGGAGGUGAAGACCAAGAUCAAGAAGCAGGCAGAGGAUGAGAAAGAGCUGCUGGACAAGUGCGUGCAGAUCCAAGAGUAUCUCAUGGAAGUCGAGGAAGGGAUGGCCGACGCGAAGAAGGAGGGCAAGGACACCAAGGAGACGAGGGAAGUCUCCAAUGUCCAGAAGUUGAUGGAGAACCUCAUCAACAAUGCGCAAGCGGACAAAGUGCUGAAUGAAAAGAAGGUGGUCCCACCGGCACCGGCGCCCAAAGCGCCGCCGGCGCCGGCGCCGGCAGCGGCGCCAGCAGCGCCCAGCUCGGUGCCAUUCGCGCCGUUCAAGAAUGGUCUGGCACAGGCCACUGCGCCCAAUGGGCCCUACCCACCGAAUGGGCCCACGCUCCAUGUGCUCGACGGGCCGACCUCGGCGAUGCCCGCGGCGAUGCCCGCGGCGAUGCCAGCGGCGAUGCCCGCGGCGAUGCCCGCGGCGAUGCCCGCGGCGAUGCCCGCCGCGAUGCCCGCGGCGAUGCCCGCCGCGAUGCCGGCGGCGGCCUCGAUGUCACCGCACUUUCUGAUGGCUCCAUCCAUACCCAAAGCUCCAUCCUUCCAAUCGCAUCAGUGGAACUUGAAUGCAAAGGACGUCUCCCAAGAGGAGUGGUGGUUGACCAUGGCUCCCGUCACGCCUCCGGAGCUACGACACCAAGCCUUGGCGGUGGACGAUGUCAGCGAAGAUGAGGCCUCACCAGGUGGGCGCACGCCGCCACUCUCAGAGGUGAACGGAGUGAACGGAGUCGUGUCCAAAAACAUGGAUAGUGACGAUGACCUGGAGAUCAUUGCGGUCAACUUACCGGAGGCGCCGCAGCAGGUGCCGCAGCCGGUGCCGCAUCUGGCAGGGCGACGUUUGGUGCCACCGGAUCUGGCACAACUGGUGCCGCCUACAGGGGAAGGUGAAUUGAAGCCGUCCUUACAUCCGGAGCCGUGGCGACAUUUGCACCGUGGGAUGUAGGUGUGAAGUUUUCCGAGAUUGGAACAAGCCAACUUGUGUUUGGUUGCGACGGAGUUUCUAGGUUUUUAGGUAGAUAUUAUUCAAGAACAUCCAGACAGCAGUCCUAUUUUGUUCUAUCAGUUUUGGAUCUCUGAGCCGUGGAUGAUGGUCCAAUCUUGAUAAGGAAACAGUGUUCAAAAGAGGACAGCAACAAGACGGAUGACUCAUGAGGAUUAGCAGCUAGCAAGUGCCGGCAA